AUGGGCGCCGAUCAAGCCGAAUCGACGCGCGCGACAGGUGCCGCCGCCGCCCAAGAAGCUGCUCAAGAUAGCCCCAUGGAAGACAUUAACAUGGGCGACGACGACGGUUUCGUGCGUCAAGUUUGGAACGCGCCUGCUAUUCCUCAGGCCCCUCUGUUCAAGGGUUCUACGAAGGCGGAACGGUGUGCGUUCAUGCGCGAGUACCAGAAAUACUUGACGCAAAUCAAUGCGCUGCAAUGUGUGGGUUCUCGCCCGUUCGCGAUGCCCGUCAAUGCUUGCAUGGACCCUUUUUCCAAGAGUCGUAUUGCUUUGUUCGACAUGAACAAGGACCACAACGAUGUCACGGAAGUGGUAUGGGUGGCCUGGUUCCACGCGGCAUUCGAUCAAGAUCCGCAAGACUUGGAUGUCCUAAAGAGGCGGCUCUCUAGUGCCAUACGUUUCGACACGAAGGUCCUCGACGCGGAGUCGCUUGUCGGCCGUAUGCUUGACGACCUUGUGCGUGUGCUCGAACAAGACCACCAAGAAUGGGUCCUUCAUCAAGAAGGAAAAUUUUUUGUCGAGAUUAUGAUCAAGGCGAUCAAGCCUGAGACGCUGAAGGCCGCUGUGCAGAAGCAGCUGCAAAGGAACAAGGGCCUCAAGAGUGACAUCUUCCGCUACGUCAAGUGGUUGCGAGAAUUCUCAGCUGGUUUUCAGCUCUACGUCGGUCUCGACGAAGAGCUGAAAACUGACGACACCUGCGCCACAAGCCGGCGCCUCCAAGACGGACAGCUUGAAGAGCGACCGUGCAAGCCCAACGGCGCCGACAAGAGCCGUGGAAGGCCUUACGGUCCCGAAAAAGGCCGUGCCGUUACCGGCGUAAAAGAAGAUUACAAGCCAAGGAAGAAGCUUGGCUGUCUGAAGUGUGGCGACAAGAGUCACUACGUGGCAGAUUGCCCUGCGGCCACGCCUGGCGAGGCGGGCCGCUUAUUGGAUGCGCAGCUGAAGAAGUGGUGCGAUGGCGUGACAGCUCUGAGCAGCCACCCCAUUCGUCAUCCGACCGAGCGCGGUGCAUUGGUCGAAGGACUCGUUCGAGUCGAGAACGUCCUCCUCGACACGGGCGCAGAAGUCAACGUCGUUUCACGUGGCGUCACGGAUGCGUUAGCAGAGAAGAAUGCCACGGUCGCGGUUCAAGUCCACGACCAACCACGUCUGGUUUACCCUUAUGGUGUCGACGUCAUGUCGCUGGAGAUGAAGCGGCAUGUCAAGUUUGGCAUGGUGACGUUGGACACGACGUGUGGCCCGCUAACGCUACGCGGCCUACAAGCGUGGAUUGACGAGACAUCGACUGCGAUGGACUUUAUCGUGAGUCGUCCUGUUAUGGAGGUCCUGGGAUUUUCUAUUGACGACCUACUCAACGGCGCUCGACGGCAGCAAGCCGAGUGGGACGUUUCCCCCGGCAGCGACGGACCUGUGACCAGCAUGUCACGCGUGCAACAUCUCUUGGCUGAAGAACGCUAUUCGCCUGAGCCCGAGCUCGCCGAUACCGAUGGCAUGGCGUGUGCCUCGCCAGAGGUCGAAAUCCCGCCGCCAAGCGACCAAGAAGACGAGCGGCAUCGCAUGAAGCGCGACAAGGUAUUUGGCAUCCUGAUGGCCAAGGUCGCAGAAGCUGAGACGCGUGGUCUCGCUCCCAGCGACUUGGAACGGGUGAAGAUCCUGCUGUCCAAGCAUGUGGACGUGUUCCGAGAAGAUCUGGGCGACGACGCGCCCGUCAAGGUGGAACCGUUGAAGGUACGCAUCAAGCCCAACUCGGUGCCUGUUAACAUGUCGCUGCUCUUCAAGCCAACAACAUGGUUUAUUUGA